AUGCUAUGCUUUGGUUCUAUACUUUAGUUGAACUAAACACAAUUUUUUAUAUCUGACUCUCAGUUUUUAGAAUCAAAAGCCAAUAACGGUGGUGCUAUAUCAGUUAAUGGUUUCGUUUCUAAUCUUAAUUAUAUAUAAAACACUAAAAUGAUUGGAAAUACUGCCAUAUCAGAUGGAGGAGCUAUGCUUUUAAUAGCCUAAAAUGAUGAUAUUUUUACUUUAACUUUGUCUAAUUGCUAAAUUACUGACAAUCAAUCUUUAAAUGGAAGUGGUGGGGCAUUAUUUAUUAGCUCAGAAAAUGAAUCAACAGUACAGUAAUAGAUCAAAAUUUAUAAAACAAAUCUAACAGAUAACAAUGCAGUUAUUGGAGGAUGCAUUAAUAAUCUAGGCUAGUCUUUAUGGAGAUAAUAUAAAUUCGUAUCCUGA